GUAAUGCACAACCAGCAGCGUGCAUGAAACCUGCUCCAGCAACACAACCUGCAGCAUGCACCAUACAGCAGUUGGUGUGCAAACAGCACAAAAUGACAACUCUGUCCAGCAUACUCUGCAGCAGCCAAUAACCAAAGCAUCCUCCAAAAUAUUCUCCAACCAUCCCUUGUAAACGCAGCAGACCUUUGUCUUAUUAGCUGCAGCUUUUCUGAUGUAAAGAUUUUCUUUUAUCUUUUUCAUUGAUAUAAAUACAGAGGCACUGCCUCAUUGUAAAGAGGAGGGAUUUUAAUAUACAAAGAACUUUCAGUUCUAGCAAGAAUGAACCCUCUGUGAAAGCUAACACAAUUAGCUUGGAGCGCAGGCAACAUCCUUCUCUGAAGUUGAGGGCUGCAAUGGACACCAGACCUUUCAAGCCCAUAGUGAAGUCUCAGACAAUCCUGCUCGAGUCCUGACAGACAUUUCCAAAACAGAUCCUGCAAAGAGUCCUAGUAGAAGAGAAAGAGAGAGUACCCUAAGAACAAGUAUAGAAAAGAGCUCAGUAAAAACUGACAUUAGAACUACACGCACUGUACAGAGAACUCCAAUCUUAGAGGAUUCUAGAAAUCAGAAGGCAAAGUUUGUGCAUGACAAUAAAAGUGGUGAAAAAGAAUCAAUGACAAUGAAAGCCGGUGAAUCACAACCCUCUUCAUUGAAGGCUGAAACAAGAAGAUAUCAACCACUACACAGGCUUAGUUGUACUGUGAAUUUGACCAAGGCGGAUACAAGCUCAAGUGCUGCAGUUUUCAGUUUCAAAAGCAAUGAACACGCAGAAAGGAGGAAAGAGUUCUAUAUGGAGUUGCAGCAAAAAAUGCAUGCCAAGGAGGCUGAGAUGAAUCAGAUGCAAGUGAGAAGGCAGGAAAAGACAGAAGCCGAGAUAAAACAAUUCCGGAGAAGCCUAAACUUCAAAGCAACACCCAUGCCUUCUUUUUAUCAUGUAGCUGUACCACGAAGGUCUGAUGGGAAGAAGGCACCGUCGAGUAACAGCAAAGUCAAUAAAGCACGAGAUAAGUCAACAAAUCCAGGGAGCAGAGCGGCUGGCAGAUCAAAAUCAUGUUUGAAAGAAGGAAGUGAUCAAGCCUCCUCUACCAAUGAAUCUGUGAACACAACUGCACGAAUCGAUGCCUUAGAGAAGACCAACUGCCCAACAGGUGAGCACUCUGAAGGUAGUGCAAGCUCUCAAACUUUACCUAGCAACCAAAGCUGCUUCCUUGGAGUUGGGGUGGAAAAUAAGGUCGGAAGAAGGAAAGAACGAGAAAAGGAGAGGGAUACUAGCAUGUAUAAGCAUCGUGUAUCAGAAAUCCAUAAGGUGAUGAAAGGCCAAAGAGCUGAGGGGAAGCAAAAAGUGGGAGCUCGUGAGAUGGCAAGGAAGGACAUGAAAAGCAGUGGUAUUGGUAGCAGUUCUGGAUUGGGUAAUCUGGUUGUUGGUGUUGCCUCUUGAACAAAGACGCCUCUUCUUCUUAAGCAUGUUCUCAGCUCCUAGCUACCGUUGCAAAAAUGUUUGGAAUCUCAUGUUUGCCACCAUGCAAAAUCAAUAAAAAGCGCAAAGUGACCUCAAGCUAUCAGCUAAGAGGCAUGCAUCCAUAGCAAAGAUGUGAGAAAUAAUGAAAACCGAAUGUUGAGGUUAGCAUUUCCCUUCACCAGUAUCACUUUCGUUAUUCAUGCAUGCGAAGUCUGACUUUACAUGUAGUUCGAAUUGUUUUUAGGAUAUCUUAAGAUCACAAGACCAAUGUCUCUUGCCACCAUAUACGAGGAAAAGUUUCAGUACCAACCAUUAACUUGUUUAAAUUAUUAUUUAUAUAAGAGAUAUUGUUCUUAUUUA